UCUUCCUCUCUUUCUAAUGCGCUUUAUCGUUGUGAAAACCACCAGAAAGACAAAGACCUACACUUGUUUACCUUCAAUAACCCACAAUCCAACCUAUGGUAACCUUCAUGAUCUUCUCUUAUGAAACUCUCUCAUAGUGAACAAUGUGUUGCUCAAGUGUGGGGGGGAUGUGUGUGAAUGUUUGAAUGAUUAUCAUGAUUUAUUGAACCAUGAAUUGUUAUAUCCUCCCUUGUUUAUGAAUGUAAGACGUUGAUGAAUGCGUAUGGAGUGUAUGCUAGCGAUUAUGUUUUUGUUGUGGUGAUUAAUGGUCAAAUGAUAGUGUUUUGGAAUGUUGGAUGCAUUACCCAAAAAUUUCAAAUUUGAGGGUUCCAAAUCUCCUUGUUCUUUGCAACUCCCUACUCGAUAUGACUUGAUUUGAUAGAUGAUUGAUGUAUUGUGCUCGCUAGGUGAGAGUUUCAUGAUUAGAGUACUGGCGUAUGAGAGAUUUUACUAUCUUCUUCAUCUUUUCUGAGUCGAUAAUGUUUGCUAUUUUUUGAAGAUCAUGUGUGCGGGAUUCUCUUUUGUUUGUUUUGUGAACUUGAAGCUUUGAAAAAUUUGUGUGUAUUAGAAAAGAAAGAAAAGAGAGAAAAAUCUUUUGAAAAUGAGGUUCUCAUGUGAGAAGCAACCAAUCCUCACAUAUUUGGAGUGCCCUUUGAGGAUAUGUUUGGGGAUCGGAUAACUGGAUCGCAUCCCGACCAUCUAUUACUACUUACCAUCCCCCAAGUAUCUUUCCUCCUUAAGGAAUCGGAUGCCAAGGUCCAAAGUAAUUUUUAGGGGAUUCAUGAGAGCUCAAAGCUGUCAUUUGUACCCGACAUGUGUGACAACCCAAUGUGGAGUACAGGAUGGGAAGUGGUCGGGCUAAGAUGAAUCCUUCACAAUCGGUUAUCUAUUAGGUGAACUGCUUUGACUUCUUCAAGGAUGAUAACACCUAAAAUGGUGUUAUUUAGAGCCCAUAUUUAGGGUUGCUUCGAGUCAUUUUGUGUUCUUCAUGGUUAAUAUAUCUUCCAAUAUACCUCUUAUUUGUUCAUUGGAGAAAAUAUUAGCAUAUUAGAGUGUAUUGGAUGAUAUGAAUGUUUUAGGUACAAAAAUGUGUACAAGUGUAGAGAAAUGGUAGAAAUCCAAAGAUCACGGCCAGAGCAUGAAAGAUCAUGGCCGAGAAUAGAGGACAUGAAGCUGAGGAUCGUAGCCUUCAGGGCGACGAUGACGACCUCAAACAUGGAGGCCUCGGGCGCGAACUUUGGAGCAACCAAUAAGGAAGGAGCAGAAAGUCAUGAUAGUCGAUUCAUGAACUUCUUCAUCCGAGCUCACGAAGAAGAUCCCUGGCACAAAUCACGAAUCACAUACAUGAACUUGUGCCACGAACUUCCCAAGGCCAAAGCACAAAACAACAAGCUCAAGCUUGCGACCUUACCUUCCCAGAUCGUGGCCGCAAACUCUUCCCCAAUGACCAUGAACUUGCCUAGAUCCUGGAAAUCAAUAAAUAGGGGGCUCCUCCCCUUACAUUUGGGAGCUUAAAUUGAUUGAAGAUUUCAUAUUUAUGAGAGAGAAAGUUAGAGAGAGAAGCUGAAGGAAUGAGAAGAGGAGGGGAAGAAGGAAGCGAGCUCUCCCACAUCAAGGCUUCUUCUAUUUACUUCCAUGUAUCUUCUUCCCCCUUUAUGGGGUAGUUCUCUAAGGUACUAGGGGUUCAACCCCCCAAAACCUAGAUUUAGGUUUUGAAUGUAGAUGUAAUAGUGUCAGGGUUUGUGAAUGGAUAUGUUUGUUUUAGUGAAUGUAUGCUUCAUUGAUGCUUAAUUGUGCUUGGGAAAGUCUCCCAACUCUUCCCUACUAGCCUACAAUUGAGUUACACUAGGUAGGAGUUUUAGGGUUAGACUAGGUAGCUCCAACUGGCAGCAUAUUAAGACUAGAUGAAUGAUUUUAGGGUUCCUUAGUGGAGGUGGCGACCAAACCCCUGCUAUAAGAAUGCUUCCUAAAAUAAUGCUAGAGAAGCGCACGCAUUUUGAUUGUAACACGUCUCUACUAUACAUGAUAGGUUAAACCUAUUGAGAGGAACUAUGGGAGCAACCCUAGCACGUAAACUUAGAAUGAGGUGACAUUGGGCCUUUAUGGGCUUUGUUAGGAGGAGGGAGAGUAGUCAUCGAAAUCCCAUAUUAGCAUGUUCAACAUCCUAUCCAAUAAACCCAACAUAGUUAGCCAUUUAUACGAUGAAACUAGUGUAGAGCGAAGGUGUUACCCCAAAGUACCUUGAUUUUAUCUUUCCUUUUUCCCACAAGUAUCUUUCAAUCAAUCUUCAACCCAAAACCUAAACCGGUUGACUAGAUAAAAACAAAGUGAGAAGUAAGCUAGGGUAUCAAAACCUAUGGAAUACGACCUUUGUAUUCACUAUACUAGCAAUGCCAUUUUGAGUUGCACUUGGCUCAGGAUGGAUUAGUUAGAUAAGUCGUGGAAACGAUUGAUAACACCCGCACGGGGCAGUAGCAUUUAUGCGGACCAAGGGCAGAAAUCCAUAAGGUCGCCACUGUAGCUUAUUAGUCUAGGUAAGUGCCACAAAUAUGGUAAGAUUAAGCCCUACAUGAAUCAAACAACUCAUAUGCUACUAGUAUCAAUCCUUGCAAUUCUUGGUGAUAUAUAUAUAUAUAUAUAUAUAUAUAUAUAUAUAUAUAUGGGGAGUUCUACGGUACCCCGGGUGAAAUCCGGGGUACCGCAUACCUUAAGUAAGAAAACGCUAUCUAGAACUUGAAUUGACUGAUCUUUCGGACAUUAUACUAUACUCUAACCCAUAAAGAUCAAAAUCUAGGUCUUAAUUCUCUAAAUCUUAUACCCCAAGAACAAUUUAAUUAGAAACAAUAAUCAACGGUUAUGAUUCGUCCAAAUAUAGGCAAAAAAAAGUAAUACACCAUCUUAGGGUUUUUAGUUUAUGAUUUAGAUGAUUAGGACCUAUGGUUCACUCAUUAAGGGUUAGGGUAUAGUAUCAUGCCCAAAAAUCCUGCUAAUUCGAGGUCUAGAUAGCGUUUUCAUACUCAAGGUAUGCGAUACCCCAGAUUUCACCCGGGGUACCGUAGAAGGCACCAUAUAUAUAUAUAUAUAUAUAUAUAUAUAUAUAUAUAUAUAUAUGUUGUAUUUCUUUUAAUUUGCCUCAUUUUGUUUGUAGAGUUUAAUCGUCUAUAUUAGGACGAUAUACCUUAUUUUCAAAUGCAAUACAUGUCUAGAAGCAACAUUAUUGCAUUGACAUAUGCAAUCUGAAUGCUGACUAUCCCAUGUGCCUUGCUAAGCAUGGAACCCACUAUUAUCACUAUCAUGAGCAGAAGGUGGAUAAAAUAGGAGCACAGUGAGUGGAGACAUCCAUUGUGGAUUCUCUCAAUCAUGACUAUGUAUGACCAAUGUCAUAACAAAGCGAUUCUAAAGGA